UAUUACCACCUCUAAAUAAACAGCUUGGAACUAAAAAAACCUACAAUGAGUACAAAAAUAGGAUGAAGAUCUUGAGGGGUAAGUACAACAACUUCACAGAAUUUCUUCGUUUUAGUUCAGGGUUUGGAUGGGAUCCUGAAACGAAGAAAUUUACUGCAACAGAUGAAGUAUGGGAUAUAUUUUUGAAGGACUUAAGAACUAUAUUUGCAGUGAAUACUGCAACUGGACAGAAUGCUGUGGGUUUAGGCGAUGUUGUUGAUACAGGUUCUUAUCAAGUUGGAGAGAGUGAUGGGAUACAUGAUUUAAGUCAUGUCCAAAUAAUGGAUGAUGUAGACGAUAUACCAUAUGAAGAAAGAUCUGUGCAUGACGUUUUUUCUGCUUUAGAUGAAAGCAGAUGGGAAAAAGAAACUGAAGAAAAAGAAGUUGAUGACAAAGCUAAUAAUGUGUGGGAUGCUAUCAAAGAAAUUCCUGAUUUGGCCGAUGAUAUGCGGUAUGCGGCCAUGACAUUGGUUCACAGCUUAGGUAUGAAAUAUGGAUUCGUGCAUAUGUCCAUAGAAGAGCUUAAAGGAUGGAUUAUACGAAACCUUCGUAAACCAGGCGAAUGAAGUUUUAUGCAUCAAUAUGGAGUGAGGAUGGUUUUUUAAUUUCAGUUUUGAGUUUUUUUUUCUGGUUUUUGGCAUUAAUUUAAAAAUAUGUUAUGGUUUUAGGUAACAUUUAAAUAAUACU